AUGGGAUCCGAAUCCGAUGAAGAAAUAACUGCAGCUGUGAGGGAAGUAGAAGCAGCCGCAAAGACGCCACAAAGGAAGUCUAAGUCUACCGCAACAAAAACUAGGCCCGCCGCAGAUAGGUCGCAAACUGAACAUAAAAGGAAUAAGCUUAUCGAGCUAUCAAGGGACGGUGUAAUUGAUAAGACCGCAAGUUUCAUAAGAAAGUCCAACAAAGAUGUUGUGGAUAGACUUUACAGUGAGUAUGAGAGUCAGAGGAUGUCAUGCGCAAGUGACUUCUUAUCAACGCUUAUUAUCUCAAAGUUUGCUUCCAUACUGGGAAGUUUUGGUGCAGUGGAAUCUUCCGAGAAGCUGUCAGAGGAACUACUUAGUGAUAAGCUUUUAAAGGAUGACGUAUGUUAUUUAACUAGAACGAUAUCCCCAAACAUUCCAUUCAUUGGUCUCAUAUCAGGUGGAUGCACAACAGCUAAGCACGUGGUUGCUCACAAGUGGAAGAAGAAGGAAAAGACUGAGGAAAUAUCUGAGGAAGCAAAACAUCUCCUAUUACAUAGUGAAGAAGAAUGUCAGACCACGAGUGGGAGAACGCCUGGGAAGGAACAGAGUUCGAAGACAUAA